CCAGUGACUUUUAGCAUGGUUCUAACAUCGGGGUUCUCAAGCUGUGGAUCAAGACCCCAAGAAGAGAGACAGAGGCUGCUGACUCCUGUGAAUACCUAUGGAUCUCAGGAUGUGGGGGCCAGGCCUCGUGUGGACUCUGCCUCCCUCCUUCCUGAGGAGGAAGACUUACGCAGGCGCCUCAAGUACUUCUUCAUGAGCCCGUGUGACAAGUUCCGUGCCAAGGGCCGCAAACCCUUCAAGCUGGUGCUGCAAAUCAUCAAGAUCAUCAUUGUUACCAUCCAGCUCAUCCUCUUUGGGCUCAGCAAUCAGAUGGUGGUGACAUUCAAGGAGGAGAAUACCAUUGCUUUCAAACACCUGUUUCUGAAGGACUAUGUGGAUGGGUCAGAGGACACAUAUGCUGUCUAUACUCAGAGAGACCUCUAUGAUCACAUGUUCUAUGCUGUGGAUAAGUACUUGGCUAUCCCUAACGAGACUAUUGGACGCUAUGCCUAUGUGCGUGGGGAGUGUAGUGGGAACCAGUCGGCCCUCAUGCUGUGCCAGCAGUACUACCGCAAAGGACAGAUUGACCCUGCCAAUGACACUUUCAACAUUGACCCCAAGAUCAUCACAGACUGCCUGGGCGUGGACCCCAUGGAGAGGAUUCCCUGGCCCCCACAGCCUGUGGAGAAGCUCUCCCUGCAGCCCCACCACAGCUACCGGAACUUCACACUCAAGUUUCACAAGCUCAUUAAUGUCACCAUCCAGUUUAAACUGAAGGCUAUCAACAUCCAAACGAUCAUUAAUAAUGAGAUCCCGGAUUGCUACACCUUCACCAUCACUAUCACGUUUGACAACAAGGCACACAGUGGCCGGGUGAAGAUCAGCCUGGACAACAAAGCUGACAUUAAAGAGUGCAAGGAUCCCAGCGUCUAUGGCCGAGGAGACAACACCUUCCGUGUGUUCUUCGAUGUGGCUGUGAUCCUUGUUUGUGUGCUGUCGUUCAUCCUGUGUGCUCGCUCCAUCAUCCGGGGCCUGAUGCUGCAGCAGGAGUUGGGCCAUUUCUUUCAGAGACGCUACAACCAGGACGUCUGCCUGUCAGACCGCAUGGAGUUUGUGAAUGGCUGGUACAUCCUGCUGGUUGUGAGUGAUGUCUUGACAGUGUCCGGGACCAUCAUGAAAAUUGGAAUUGAGUCAAAGAACUUGGCCAGCUAUGAUGUGUGCAGCAUCCUCCUGGGCACCUCCACGCUCCUGGUCUGGGUUGGCGUUAUCCGCUACCUCACCUUCUUCCAGAAAUACAAUAUUCUCAUUGUGACCAUGAGGGUCGCCCUCCCCAACGUGAUCCGCUUCUGCUGCUGUGUGGCUGUUAUUUACCUAGGCUACUGCUUCUGUGGAUGGAUUGUUCUGGGGCCAUACCAUGUCAAGUUCCGCUCCCUCUCCAUGGUGUCCGAGUGCCUCUUCUCCCUCAUCAAUGGGGAUGACAUGUUUGUGACCUUUGCCGAGAUGCAACAGAACAGCUACCUUGUGUGGCUCUUCAGCCAGCUGUACCUCUACACCUUCAUCAGCCUCUUCAUCUACAUGGUUCUCAGCCUCUUCAUUGCACUCAUCACUGGCUCCUAUGAGACCAUCAAGCACCAGUGUGAGGAUGAUGUGCCCAUCACUCAGCUCCACAUGUACAUUGCCGAGUGCAAAGACAGCCCAAGAUCUGGCAAGUUCCGCCGUCAGAGCAGCUCCUUGUGCUCGGUCUUCUGCUGCUGCGAGCAGGCUCCGCUGCAGGACAACACGCUGGUAGUGAAUUGACAAUGCAGCUGUUCCAGAGAGCCUGACCUUUGUACCUGGGUGAGAGAACAGAGGCUGUAACUGGACUGCCUGGAGAUGAAUCAUGGGGACAGGACUGGCCCAGUGACCACACCCAAUGGCAGCUGCCUCCUGGGCUGGAUUCCAAGGACUGGUAGCAGAAUUGGGGCUGUGUGGCCCCCAAGCAGAGACAUAGGUGAGCUCUGUCCACCAAGAUGAAUCCUGGAUUGGCUGAGUCAGCUUUUAGCCUAUAGCACCAGCUGGGCUCUGCUCAGUCUGCUCUGGCCACAUAAGCUGGAACCUGGAGCCACUGCUUUUAUGUAGCACCUUCUCAGGCUUUUUUUUAACCAGAGUGUGUGAUUCUGGGGGCGAGGAGGAAAGGUGGGGGAAGGAGGGGGAAAAGGGCUGAGAGCCUGCCAGAGUCACUGUUUUGGCUGUGGGAAGAAAGGAUGUGGAUUUUCACAUGGAGCCAUGCAGAAAUGGAACACGAAUGAGACAAGGGCACUGCACUGGUGCCAGCAUACCUGCCACAUGGUAGUGCCAUAUCUCAGUAAUGCUGUCCACUGCCCCUUCCAGCCAGAGGCCCAUCAGGCAAUGUUGACUUUAUGUAGUGCGUGGUUUCCUGUGAUGAAACCAUUCCUCCCUUAGACAGGGGCUAAGAUAGUUCAGAGAAGAUGCUUCUUUUAAUCCCCCUCUCAGUUGGGAACUGGUGCCAUGCCAGAACCUGCUGUCUGUCACACUGCAUGCUUCUCCGAGUCUCAGCUCUGUUUUGCAGAGAUGCCCCAGCUUGUUGCAUUGUGCUGUGCUGGCUGCUAGCUGCAGCCUGGAUUCUUGAUUUUAGUUUUGAAGGUGUUCUAAAAAUGUGUUGAAGCCACCUCCCCAACAUACCCUGCUUGGGAAAGAGGGGGAUGGGCUGUUUGAGCUGGGCCCUUCUUUCUGCCUUGGGAUGUUUAAAAAAGCCUUUGGGGUCUUUAUGCUUUGUCUGUCUGUUAUCUAUUAGGGAUGUUAAAUUUGGAUUAAUCAACUAAUCAUGUAGUGGAUGGCACUUCCAUGGAUUAGUUGAUAAGGGGGGCACUCGCUAUCCCGCUGCGCCACUGCCUUUGAAAUAUACAAGAGCUGCCCACAGCUCUUGUACAUUUCAAAGGAAGAAGCACAGCAGUCCCUAGGGCUGGAGCAGGGACUGUUUCACUUCCCGCUCAUGCCCUUUGCCGGCUGCACCUCUGCCUCUCUGCAGAGAUGGUGCUAGGGGGAACUGGCUUUUAAGCUGGCUCCUCCCAGCAUCGGCUCCUGCUUCUCUCCCCCUCCUCCCUUGCUGUCUCUCUCUGAUAGAGGCAGUGGGAGGGGGGAAGCAACUAGUUGAGUCACUACUCGAAUACCCAAUAAGCACAACUAGUCGCUUACAUCCCUAUUAUCUAUAGAAAUAGUCUGCUCUCUCCUGUUCCUGCUGGAGGCCUCCUUGAAAGAGCAAGAAACUAGGAGUGGGGUAUGGCUUCUGCCUGCUGUGGGAGGCCUUGCACAGAUCUCUUUCACCUAGAGUGUCUAGAAAAGCCUUGAGUUCUGCACCAGUUCCUUCUUUUCCCCAAGGGCUAUAGCUCAUGUUCUCUGAUGUUAUAGUGCUACCUAGUCUCCAAGCCCUCCAGCACAGCAGAGAAGGGAGCCCUUGUUUCUGAGGGAAAUAGCUGUGGGAAAGUACAGGUUUUUUGCUUCACAGGGCCCAGAGCCCUUGGGCAGUCACCUUGGGGUUUUAAUACCUAUAAAAUCAUAUUUUCUUAAGAAUCACUAGAGUGAUGAUGCUGCGUCUCCCAUGCAUUGUUCACGGCUGGGCACUAGUGUGUGUGUGCUGAGGAAGGCUGCUGGCUAAGGUUCGGUGGGAUUGGAUCAGUCAGAUCUUUCCGCUGGGCUAUAAAGUGGUGUGGCCAACAUUAACACCCAGGGAGUCACUCUGAUUCUGGUUCAAGGCCUGCUGCUUGUUCUAAAUCCCUCUCAUUACCAGGGACUCUAGUGCCCUGCUUCUGUUCAAGUCCCUGUGAGUAGCUCCACAAGCCACAGCAGAACCCACCUAUCCUGCACUCAUCCUUCCUAUAGUGUUUGGCUUAUGCAGUUGCUGGUGAGCAUCUGGGCCUGUCAGUACAGCUGCUCCUUUCCAGAAAUCUGGCAAACACAGGGAAAUGGACUAGGAGAGCUUCCCUUCCCAUCCCUACCCAGGCUCCAGCCAGCUCUCGUGUGACUCCUAACCACUGUAGUUACAAAACAGGCAGAUGGAAAGGCAAUCUGAUGAGGAUGGAGUUUCUUAGGCUGCAGCUAUGCUACACCACACUACUGGGUGUAGCUACAUAUGUCAGUGAUAGGAGAGGCAGAGCCUUUCCUUGCUGCUGAGGACUUGUCCUGCUGUGGAAGGGGGGCUCUAGCAGCAGGAUAUGACCAUGCUAAAACCUGCAGUGUCAAUAAGAAGGCACAGCUUGGGUGAGGAGAGCAGUGUAGCAUCUGUACUCAGUGUUCCCUUUAAGCUGCUGUGGCAGCAUAGCAUAACAGGUGAUUAAUUGGCCCCGCCCAGUCAGUCAGCUCCAUGCACUGAGCCCUCAAUGAUUAGUCAUCUAUGAAACUGUCCAGCCACACAGUUUACGGGGAACACUGUACUCAAGUGCAUACCCAUUCCUCCAAGUGUGUUUUUCCCUGCCUAAGGCAUGCCUCACAGUCUACACUACUUACAGCCAUGCAUGGGAGGGGUUACAAGGUGCUGAGAGUUGGUGGCAGGGCCUUUGUUCCUUUAAGGCAGUGUUUCCCAAACGGUGUUCUGUGGAACCCCGAGAUUCCGUAAAGUGAAAAUAAGGGUUCCAUGAGAAAAUUCCAUUACAAUAACAUUUUAUGAUUUAAAAAUAAUAAUAUUAUGUGAUUUUUGUUUUUAAAUAUGUGCAAUUAAA